UAGGUCCGCGCAUGCGCCGGUUUGUUGACACGUCGCUCCGGAGGUGUAAGCAGGCCUGGGCGAAGGCAGGAGUUUGGACCAACUAAGUAAUCUCCACAAUUAUUCACCAUGCCACUCCGUCUGGAUGUGAAGCGGAAGUUGACGGCAAGAUCUGACCGGGUGAAGUCAGUGGAUCUACAUCCCACUGAGCCAUGGAUGUUGGCGUCUCUCUACAAUGGCAAUGUUCAUGUGUGGAACAUUGAAAGUCAGCAGCUGGUCAAGAGCUUUGAGGUGUGUGACCUGCCUGUGCGAGCCUCCAGGUUUGUGGCACGCAAGAACUGGGUGGUGACGGGCUCAGAUGACAUGCAGGUGCGUGUGUACAACUACAACACCUUGGAGAGAGUACACCAGUUUGAGGCGCACUCCGACUAUGUGAGGUGCAUUGCUGUCCAUCCCACUCAGCCCUUCAUCCUCACCUGCAGCGAUGACAUGACCAUCAAGCUGUGGAACUGGGACAAGAAGUGGAGUUGCCAGCAGGUGUUUGAGGGACACUCUCAUUACGUGAUGCAGAUUGUUAUCAACCCCAAGGACAACAACACCUUCGCCUCUGCCUCCCUGGAUCGCACUGUCAAGGUGUGGCAGCUUGGGUCCCCACAGCCCAACUUCACCCUAGAAGGCCAUCAGAGGGGAGUGAAUUGUGUGGACUACUACCAUGGUGGAGACAAGCCAUACCUCAUCUCAGGGGCAGACGAUAGCCUGGUCAAGAUCUGGGACUACCAAAACAAGACGUGUGUGCAGACUCUGGAGGGACACUCUCAGAAUGUGUCCUCUGUGUCCUUCCACCCGGAGUUACCAAUCAUCCUGACCGGCUCUGAAGACUGCACAGUGCGGGUGUGGCACGCCAAUACCUACCGCUUGGAGAACACCCUCAACUAUGGGCUGGACCGUGUGUGGUGCAUCUGUGCCCUUAAGGGAUCCAACAAUGUCUGUUUUGGCUACGACGAGGGCAGUGUUAUGGUUAAGGUUGGACGUGAAGAGCCUGCGAUGUCAAUGGACGUGAGUGGAAAGAUUGUUUGGGCAAAGCAUUCAGAAAUCCAGCAGGCCAACCUCAAAGCCAUGGGGGAGGCCGAGCACCAGGACGGUGAGCGGCUCCCCCUGGCAGUGAAGGACCUGGGCGCCUGUGAUAUCUACCCCCAGACCAUUGCACACAACCCCAAUGGAAGGUUUGUGGUGGUGUGUGGGGAUGGUGAAUAUAUUAUCUACACCGCCAUGGCUCUGCGUAACAAGGCGUUUGGUCCUGCCCUAGAAUUUGUGUGGGCUCUCGACUCCUCAGAGUAUGCCAUCCGAGAAUCUAACUUCAGUGUCAAGCUUUUCAAGAACUUUAAAGAAAAGAAAGCAUUCAAACCAGAUUUUGGAUGUGAAGGUAUAUAUGGCGGGUACCUCCUGGGUUGCCGAUCCAGCACCACGGGCCUCGCCUUCUACGACUGGGAGACACAGGAGCUGGUGCGUCGCAUUGAGAUACAGCCCCGCCAGGUGUUCUGGUCUGAGAAUGGAGACUACGUCUGCAUUGCUACUGACACCAAUUAUUUCAUUCUGAAAUAUAGUGCAGAGGCUGUGGCCAAUGCUAGGGAGAAAAAGGAAGGAGUAACAGAAGAUGGAAUUGAAGAUGCAUUUGACUUAGUGGGUGAGGUUCAAGAGGUAGUGAAGACUGGCAAGUGGGUUGGUGAUUGCUUCAUCUACACAAAUUCUGUAAACAGGCUGAAUUAUUAUGUUGGUGGUGAGAUUGUGACCAUUGCUCACUUAGACAGGACUCUCUACCUCCUUGGCUACAUUCCCAAAGAGAACCGGCUCUACCUUGGUGACAAAGAAUUGAAUGUGGUGUCUUAUGAACUCCUUGUCUCUGUGCUGGAGUACCAAACAGCUGUGAUGCGCCGUGACUUCAACACCGCAGACCGUGUGCUGCCAACCAUCCCCCCCGCCCACCGAACACGUGUGGCUCACUUCUUGGAGAAACAAGGCUUCAAGAAACAGGCUCUUGCGGUGUCCACUGAUCCAGAGCACAAAUUUGACUUAGCACUGAGUCUUGGGGAGCUGGAAGUUUGCCACCAGCUGGCAGCGGAGGCAGGUUCAGAGCAUAAGUGGCGUCUAGUGGCGGAUUUAGCACAACAGCGGGGCGACCUGCAGAUGGCCCAGACCUGUUUGCUGCGUGCUCAUGACUACCCUGGACUGCUUCUGCAAGCAACAGCCACGGGUAAUGCGUCCUUCAUCCGGGAAGUAGGAAAGGAGGCCGAGGGUCAGGGCAGAAACAACGUAGCAUUUCUUUCUCAUUUCCUUACUGGCAACCUGAAGGAGUGUCUGGAGCUGCUCAUCAAGACCAACAGGAUUCCUGAGGCAGCAUUCUUUGCCAGAACAUACAUGCCGAGCGAAAUCUCACGUGUGGUGGAAGUCUGGAAGCAGUCAGCAGGAGAGAAGAUCGCACAAACCCUGGCCGAUCCCUCCCAGUAUGACAACCUCUUCCCAGGCAUUAAGGAAGCGCUGAAGACACAGCAGUAUUUGGAAAAGUCCACCAGACCCAUCCCUGCUGCCUCCACCUCCUCUGUGCCGGGGAACCAUGAACGUGAUGCCUUGGAGGAGAUGCGGGCAGCGGAGGCUGCAGGAAGCUUUGUGUACCAGCCGCCAGAAGGGGAGGACCAGGAGUUUGUGGACGCCCCACAGCAGCCGGAGACAACAGGUGCUUCAGGUAUGUUGAAGGAGGAGACAUUGUUUUCUAUGGCUGCUAGUGAACCUGUCCCUGCUGCCGCCUCCAUGCCUCCCACGGCACCCCUGUCAGGUGACUUGCUGAUACCCACCCCAGCCGCUGCUGCUCCCUCAGACUUGGUUUGUGAAGGACCCCAGAGAAGUCUUGGUGAAGAUCUUGAAGGGGGAUAUGAAAUAGGUGUCACUUUAGAAGAGGAACUUGAAGAUAUGUCAGGAUGUGAGAUUUCUGCAGCUCUUGCUGUUGAGAAAGUUGAAGAUGGUCCAUUGAAGUCCAAAUGUGAGGAAGGUGCAUUUGGCCUGGAGAGGAAAUGCUCAGAGAUUUUAUCAGCUGAAGACACUGUAAUGGCAGAUGAGGCCCAUGACUUAGCUAUUGGUGACUCUUUAGUAUUGGGAGGUGGAUCUAGGAUGCAGUGCUCAGUUAAGCCAGAAGGUGCCCUCACAGCUGAGAGUGAGGAGAGUGUCAUGGUGUCAGUGGGCUUGGACAGUAAGGCAAGCACUGUGUCACUGGUAGAGAGGGAUUGUGUCAACGUGUUGGAGUUGAAGGAAGAUGAGGAGUUUCUGUUACCACUAAAGAACGAUGGGGAUGUUUUGUUGCCAGUGAAAGAAGACGAAGAGAAUCUGCUGCCAGUGAAGGAAGAUGCAGCAAAUGUACUGACAUUAGAGGAGGAUAAAGAAAUAAUUCAGCCUGGUGCAAAAGGUAAGCUAGCACUUGGAGAAGGUGCUGAAGUCCAUUUACCAGAUGAGAAAGAUGAGAAUCUGUUCCCUGUGAGAGAAGAUGAAGAAAAUUUACUUCCAGUAGAUGAAGAUGCAGAAAUUCCCUUUUCAAGGGGGAAAGAAAAGAUGCCAGUAGCAGUGGAGGAAGUGGAUGAUAUUUUGUUGCCAAAGACAACAGAUAAGGCACCAAAAUCACAGGAUGACAGUGUCUCAACUCUGAAAGACAAGGAGGAGGAGGCUGAGCAGCAGCAGACCUCAGAGGCUGCAGCAGUGCCUCACCCCUCAGCCAGUCCACCCCUGGACUGGGAUGAUGAUGGAGCAGAGGGCUGGGACCCAGAGGUGGAAGAGAUGAUAGCAGGCAGUGCAUCCAGGCCCACCAUAGACCAGGCGCAGCUGGAGAGGGAGCUGGAGCUAGACAUUGAGAAAGUCCGCAUUGAAGACAACAUUGAUCCUAACGACCUAAACCUGGAUGAGGAGGAGUUGUUGGCUGACUAAGGUGCUGCUGUAGAGUUGAUUGCUGUGAGAUGAUCAUCAAGUUGACAGCUGCAGUAAAUUUGAGUUGUUGUGUAAAUAGCAAGGUUAUAUAUGUAUGAAUGUGGACUCGAUAGCUUAGUGUCAAGUUUAAGUGCUUAUAUCUUUUGCAGGCAAAAAUUGAAAAGAAAAAUGGUAUAAAAUUUUUCCAAGUUUUAAAGACCCUAAUAGAUCAAGAAUAGAAUCUUAGGUGUGGGAGUAUUUAUAGUUGUUUUGAUCACUUACAGUGGAUAUAUUUUUAUGACUAGGAGAGUAGUACAGUUACUGUUUUCUGUUAUUAAAUUUCUUUACACUUUCAUUCCAUGUCAGUUUUUUCUUUUUUAUUAUUACUUGAAAAUAAAAUAUAUCAAAA